UGUCAUUGGCGAUCACAGUGCCACUGGAAUAGACUUCCCCUAUCCGUACUCACCACCGGAACUCGUUCCCAUCCUGCUUUCCUCAUUGGAGUUCCAUGUUGCCGUUCACGACCCGCCUGCAAUCCACUGAACGCCUCUUUCUUUUCUCGGCUUUGCUUAGCGACGGUCAUAUUUGCUGUCAGGAACAGGAACGACCACCACGGCAAAGGAGAAGUGUCGGCCAAGAGAAAGAACAGGGUUUUCUGACCUUUAUGGCUACUUUUAAAUAGCAUGUUUAAUUAACAUAUACAUCAUCGUAUGUAUUAUAAAGACCAUUCGGAAUGAAUUUGAAAACCGACCCUGCUAUACCUCCGUUUUCGUGUUUCGUUCGACACCGUGGAUCUCCAGGGAAAUAUGUGCCUGACUUCUCUUGAUAGCCAUUUUUUGCAGACAAAGAGAGCUGUUGAGUAGUGGUUAUUAAAGACUACCGGGUCUUGGUCUCCUGUCCAUGGAGAAAGUGGCCAAGAUGUGGAGCAACCUGAGGAGCCGAUGCCAGACCCUGUUCCACAGCGACAGUGCAGGACCCAGUACAGAGAACGGCCCGGUGGAGGUGGACCGUAUGCACUGUGCAGUGGACCCGGGACGGGGAGGCACCUCCCGCGAGCCCCAGGCUUCUCGGGCCUCUGGCGCGUCUCGUAGCCUCUUACCGCUCCCCAUGGUUACCGGGGGGCGACGUCACAACUGCGUGUCCAACAUCCCCCAGAUCGUGGAGAUCACCAUUGACAGCAAGGACAGUGAGGACACCAGGGGGGGUCCCGGGGGGGUUCCUAUGGGCCGGAGAGACUCGUACACGCGGCACGCGCCUUGGGGGGGAAAGAAGAAACACUCGUGUUCUACCAAGACCCAGAGCUCCAUGGACACAGACAGGCGGUCAGGGCGUACGCGCCUCCCAGCCGGCCGGAGGGAGCGCCGUUAUGGAGUCAGCUCCGUCCAGGAGACGGGGGACUCUGGAAGCGGUGGGCGUAGCGUUAGCGCCCGCUCCCUGCAGCAGCGACUCAGCGACACGGUGGGCCUGUGUCUCCCACUACCGCGGCGCCAGCGCUCCAUCUCCACCAAGACCCCGACCAUCUCCAAGCGAAAGAUCCACCUGACGGAGCUGAUGCUGGAGACAUGUCCGUUCCCCCAGGGCUCGGACCUGGCCAACAAGUGGCACCUGAUCAAGCAGCACACUGCGCCGGUCAGCCCGCAUUCCUCCACGGCCCUGCUGGACGCCUUCGACCCGGCCCACCCGUCCCCCGAGGACGAGGAGGAGCGCCUGCGUGAACGCCGGCGGCUCAGCAUCGAGGAGGGGGUGGACCCUCCACCCAACGCCCAGAUCCACACCCUGGAGGCCUUGGCCCAGGGCUGCUCUCUGUACAAACUGGGACCAAAGAUGGCCCCGGGCGCUACAGAGGGUUCCGGGGAGGCCCGGGGCACGGUGGCUGGCUGCUCAGGAACUGCGGCCGGUUCGUCGGUGUCGUCCAUGCAGCUGCUCAGCGGGGCGACGGCCCAGGUGGCCGACUGUGACUCGGAGGAGGACUCCACCACCCUCUGCCUGCAGGCCCGGAGGCCCAAGCAGCGCCACACAUCCGGAGACGGCCACCUGAGCCGGAGCCAGCCCGGGCCCUGGAAGGUGCACACCCAGAUCGACUACAUCCACUGCCUGGUGCCGGAUCUGCUGCACAUCACGGCGCUGCCCUGUUACUGGGGCGUGAUGGACCGCUACGAGGCAGAAUCACUGCUGGAUGGCCGGCCGGAGGGCACGUUCCUGCUCCGCGACUCGGCCCAGGAGGACUACCUGUUCUCGGUCAGCUUCCGGCGCUACAACCGCUCGCUGCAUGCCCGCAUCGAGCAGUGGAACCACAACUUCAGCUUCGACGCCCACGACCCGUGCGUGUUCCACUCAUCCACGGUCACCGGCCUGCUAGAACACUACAAGGACCCCAGCGCUUGCAUGUUCUUUGAGCCGCUCCUCACGGCGCCGCUCCACCGGACCUUCCCAUUCGGCCUGCAGCACCUGGCCCGUGCUGCCAUCUGCCGCCAAACGACGUACGACGGCAUCGGCGCCCUCCCACUGCCCCCAGCCCUGCAGGACUUCCUUAAGGAGUAUCACUACAAACAGAAAGUGCGUGUGCGCUGGCUGGAGAGGGAGCCGCCACUCAAGGUCAAAUAGAGGGCGUGGCUCCGGUGGCCUGUGUGCGCCAGGGGCGGAGUCAGGAGAAAAAAAUACGGAAACUCCCAGCCAAUCAGGAGAGGCCAUACUGAAAAUGGUACUGCUCAGUCAGGCGGGGAGGGGUUGACGAGAGGGCUGGGGUCAGGGUGAAGUGAGCGAUCCACGAUUCAUUCUAAUCUCUUUAUCGUUUUUAGUUAUUACUUACAUCACAUGGAAUACGUAUGAUUAUAUUCAGUAUAACGCUGUCUGGCAAGCACAUGUUCUUAGUGUUAAAAAGGAUCUGAACUGGAGGAUACAAGGCUCCAGGCUUCGCCUCGCCCCCUCAGUCCCCUUUUGGUUCUGUCAAGUGUCUGCCUGAUCCCACAGCAUGAGCUGCCCGCAUGCCGCUCCCCACGUCUCGAUUUCGGUCCACAUGGUUAGCUAGCUACGUUGUACAGUUCAUUCGUGCUUUUUACCCCUGUCCCCCUUCGCUCGACUAGAAGACUGCCUGGCGGACCCUGUGAGGCUGGAGGUGUGCGGUUGAGUACCGCGGGUGGGUAGGGCUUGUUUGGUGGACAUUGUCGUGCAAACACACCCAGCUGUCGUCAUGCAUCGUUGAGUAGGCCUGCGUCUGGAGGAAAAAAAAAGGUGCUGUUUAUGGGUGCUAUCCAGUAGGUCUUUGUCCAAGGGCGGUUGCGGAACGGGGCCAUUUCCAAAGGUGCUGCUACGACAUCCACAAGGAGGGUUUUUCCUGGAUAAAUAUGAGGUUCAGGUGGUGGUCGUGGCCAAUGGUGCUGUCGCCAACCGAACGUUUUUACAGGCCUUUCUGUUGGCUGCAUUAACGAGAGCUAAUUUAAAGCACAUUUCCUGCAAUUCUAUAGUUUUUGCCACGUGGCUGAGAUUUAUUUUUUGCAGUUUUAAAGCUAAUUACCUGCAAUUGUACACAUUUUGCCAUGAGGCAUACAGAGACAAAAAUUUCACUUUUAAAGCUAAUUCCCUCUCAUCGCUACACAUCUUGCCAUAGGGCGGAACAUUUUCAGUAUUUGCCAUGGUCUAUGUCAGGAGUUCCCAAAAAUGAUUUUGCCUGUGAACUCAUUUUUAUAUGAAAAUGUUUUUACCUCCCCCUUGUAAAAAAAAAAAAAAGGUAGUGUAAUCAACAACCAAAUGUUUUAAAUUGGCUCUAUGGCAGACUUUCCCAUUUUAUUUUGCUGUUUGUAAUUGUAUUGUAAUCUGAAUGAAAUACGGUUUGGGAAGUUCAGAAAAACAUCAAGGAAGAUCAUUAGGCAAUAAUUGUAUGGUAUUUUGUGUCAAAAAGAACGCCAUCAGUUAGCACUUUUCCAUUCACCGUUCUUAUCCGAGUGAAGUCAUUGCUGAUGUUCACAAUUUCUCAAUUCAACAUGGUGAGAUCUUUUUGUUAACUGAUCUACAUGUUCAGCUGACAAUUUCCCAAAUGUUUCAUUCUGCCCAUCCAUAACCCAAGGACGUGGGUGCUCACAUUACACCAUGGUUACCUAGAUGAUUCUGACCUGCGUUGUUGUAAAACAAAAAAAUAUUAUUUGAUAAUUGUUUUGGUCUCACAUUCUGACUGCUGAGUGCUCAUUGGCUAUUGGCAGUAUCAAUGCUCUGCCCUGCGUUUUACUGAAAUGCACCUAAAUCUUUUUGGACUAAUUAAGGAUUUGUGCACAUAGAUUUAUUUCUAUGCACCUACGCUUGCAUGCCAAUGUGCUCCAUGUAAAAAAAACAACAACAACAACAAACAAAAAGAUUCUUGUCAGUGUAUAGCCCUAAGUAAUCCUUGACCGGCCGCCUCUUAGACCCCCCUCGAACUACACUGGUGAUGAUCAAAAUGUGACACGUCAGAAAAGUGUUGGCCUAUCCAGUUGAAACGCAAAAAUCUGUCAUUGGUAACUCAUUGACCUGCUCACACUGUGCGUCCAGACGUCCCGGUCUAAGUCGAGCGUUCUUAGGAGUUCCCCUCAGUCUGUGACUUUGAAAUCAUGGCUGAAUUGUGAUGUUGGCCCUGUGCACCAGGUCAGAUGGGCAUCAGAACAGGCACUUUAACUGUAGUGCAGGCGAAUACACGUACCCCCUCCCUCCCCCUGGUUAAAUGUCCACGGGUCUUGUUUUUCCCUCAACAUGCGUGCUGCCUUCGUGGUGUCACCUCUCCUUCUCUGUGUGGCAUCCAUGCUUCUCAGGGUCACUAUCAUUCAUAACAUUACUGUCAUGGGCCUGCUUCAUAUUAUCAGUACCUAAAGGAGCUCCAUUUGACAUUAUGUACUCGCAUUGUCACUACUAGCCAUUUCCCCAUAGUAACCUGGCGUAUUGUGAGUGCUUGCACCAGGAAAACUACAACCACAAAGUCUAACCUAUGUGCCUUUCCUAGAGCCUCCAGUUUGAAUCCAGUACUUUUUAGGGUAAAACCUGCGUUGAACCUCUUGAGUCUGGUGCAUGGAAUACUCCAGCAGUACUUCCCGUUCACGCGGCUCUUUAAAUGAGUUGAAGAAGGAUGGAAAAACAGGGGGAUGAUGCUUGAUCUCCGAACUUGUCCUCUAAUGUUUGAUAGAUUCAAAUAUAUAUUUUUCAAUUUAAUUUCAAUUUUCAUUGAAUCAUAUUGUUUAUUAGCUAGCUAUCAGUGAAUACGCCCCUUCACUGUCAAGAACAAUGUUCUUUGUUUCUGAAACCUGUUGGGUUGUAUAGACGGCUGGGGUAAGCCGGCGUCAGGUCCUGGAGGGCUUUGACACGGAACAUGUUUUUGAGCUGUUGAGAUGCACUAUACACUAUAAAGGCUUGAGUCUAUAAAAUCUAUGGAAACCUUUGAAAAAGAUACUAAAUAUGAGCCUACAGCUAACCUGUAUAUGGAAAUACUAGUAUCUACUAAUAUAGCUCUAACACAUGAUGAGUGUAAUAUCACACCCAGGUGUGUGUGCGCAUGUGUGUGCUUGCUUUCCGAGGGGUAUCUGAGAGAGAAUCAUGAAUGAAAAUGUGUAUGUUUAGCUUUGUCGUAAGCAUCUGAGUGUCUGUGACCAAAUCUGUGUUAUUCAGCAGUAUUGCACACAACCUGUAUUGUUUUAGUAGUAUUGCUUGUCACUAGGCCUAUGUCUCUAAGGCUCUUUUUAAGAUGACGAUACUGAAUUUGUGUUUCAAAACUGAACAAACAUUUCAACAGAAGCUAAACGAAGCUCGGGACAGUCCCCCCGGAUGAUGUUACUAGGUAAAUACAGAUCAGCCCCCAUCGCCUCACCUCUAUCUUGGAACAGCUUUUGAUGGCUAACUUCCCUCUGGCCAUUGCCAAGCCUAUUGUGCUGCCGUCGCCAUCACUACUGAAGGUUAAUGUGGUGUGUGGUCGUGUUCUGGUUUGACUGCGGAAGGGCAGGGAUGUGUUUCAUUGUCACGGAUGGAUGGUGUAAUGGUUUAAUCAACUAAGUCAUUAUUUCUUUUAUACGACAUCUCCCUAUCCGCCCCCGCUCUCGGCUCCUGGAACGUACUACGGUGAGUCAGCAACACUGCUUCCCUGCACUUUGUUUUCAGAAAGUUCAAAGACUUCAUGUGAACCUGGCCCAUCUGCGUGACCUCUGACCCUUACAGGAUGGCUGUGGUCCACAUACAUGGAAGAAGAUGAGUCACUUGCAUGUGCACUUAUGUUCUAUAUCGGCGUCCGUGUCUCAAACACUGACAUGUUGUACAGGAUAUCGGUGUAGAAGUCACACUACCACACACACACACACACACACACACACACACACCUAGCUCAUAGCCACCUGUCGGUCAUGCCAUGGCCUACUGGCCCUGCCCCACCCCACCCGCGGGCGCUAAUCACUGGCUAAAUUUACUUUGCCGGGGUUCUAAAUUUACCAGGCACUAAAAGGCCCACUGUGUGUUUCUAAUGGGUGCAGUGUGACUCUUAGUGAGGGAGAGUUUCUCCCCUGCCUCUCUUCCUCUGACCACAUCCUCGACAUCCCUCUGCUGAUGCUUCAGGGAUACGUGGAGGAGACUUAGGGCCUGUUGUUUGUGCUGCAGUCCACUUCCCCUCCACAUGCUGCUGCAGCCCAGCCCUGUUUGGGAGCUAGGCUAAAGUUAGCAUUAAAAGAGCAGCGCCUCUGUCACACAGUGUACCAUUGAACGCCCGUUUCCUGCUGUGGGCGCCGGGAGGAGGUCUAGGGAUUUGGAAGUAACGGCACUUCAGGUGUGUGUGUGUGUAAUCCAGUGCACUUGUGGGGACCAGAUGUCCCCAGAAAGAUCGACAAAUGGGUUCCCAUAAGGUUUUUGGCCAGUCCCCAAUAGGGAAAAUGAAAUCCAGCUCAGGGGUUAGGUUUAGGGGCAGACAUAACUGGGGACACUUAGAAUUGGGGAUUCUUUCAGGUUUAGGCAUUAGACCGUUUAGGAUAAGGUUCAGGCCUAAUAAAUAAGGAACAUGGAUUUUUGGGUCAUGGUUAGGUCUCCAUAAAGAUAUAAACAAAGGUGUGUUAUUUGUUGAGGAUGGUAAUGAGUGAAUAUGAAUUUGUGUCGGGAUGAAAGUCGUCCUGGGGUAUUUCAUUUGCAUUCAAACCGUUAGCGGUGUUGCUGGACUUGGGGUGUGUGUGGAGCCUCGUAGAAGGUUCCGGAGAAAGGGAUGAGGAGUCCACUGUGAGGGGUGCCGCCCUAUGAACAAUGCCUCGUGUCCCGCUAUUCUCAGGCAGGCCUGCCAUCAUGUUCCAGGACCUUUUCUCCACCCCAGUUUUCCCCAUGGGAAAUAUGUGACCGUUACUCUACUAGCCCAUUUGGCAUCUGACCUGUAGAAAGGACCCUGUUGCCUGAGUUAGGAUGAAUUGAAGAGAUUCUUUUGAAUCUGUGGUGCAUAGAAUGUCUGGAACACAUCGUGCACUCAUCCACACACAGUCCCGUGUUGAAACGGACACUUGCUCAAGACUAGGGAUGUGUAAAGAAGGACCACAUUUUGCCAGCACCACCUAUCUGCCAUCAGAAAGGCAAAACAAGCAACGGUGUUUACAUGUAUAUUAUGUAUGUAAGAAAUUAAUAAAUAAUAAUUAACAAAAAAACUUCUGUACAAAAAAGAUUGAAGAUGCCGUGAACUUACUAUUUUGAAAAACUAUAUCAGUGGUAGAGACACUAUUAGCUGCACUAUGAAAGCCUCAUUAGUGGAGAGAAACCAUUGGGUCUUGUUGUUAAUCUGAGACAGGCAGGUCAUAUCACCAGCCGUCCAUGUUCGACCACAUCAUGACCCCUGCCUGAAUCUAGUACUGGAUGUCCCUGGUACGGCUCAAAGGUUUCAGCUCUUAGAGGAUUGAUUACUUUUAUUCUCAUCUUUCCCCAAUUUUAUUUUAUUUUUUUGGAAAGAUGGGUUAAAUGCUAUAUGCAAACAGUAAAAAAAUAAACAUGAAUGACUUAAGGAAUUAUAAUUUUGAAUUCUUCUCCCUAAUAUGCAAUGGAGUGUACUGUAACAAUGGUUACAAUCCUGUCACUUUAAUGCUGUAUGUGCACAUUGGUUGCUGUGUGGAUGUGGGUGCCGUGGCAACAGGACUUGACAAUGAUUGGGACUAAUGGUUGUCAUUCUACAGCACCAUGUUGUUCCCAGACUGCCUUAUUCGUUGUGACCAAUCAGAAGAGCAGUCUAAAAUCUAGGGCCGUGGCCGUUACCAGGCCUUUCCAAACUAUGGUCAGACGAAUAUUGCCGUUAUAUUUUUCACCGUUUUCUUUUCUCCUUUUCUGUUUUUCUGUCUUUUCUUUUUUUAUUGCUGUCAGGAAGGAUUUGGAGAGUGUAGAUGAUGUUAUCAUGUUCACAUUUCAGUCUUUGUUCUGUGUGUCUGCUUCACCAUUCAGACAGUUGUUUCUUUCCAGUAUAACCUGUUCAUUUUAAAAGAGCCGUAUGAUGCGACACUUGUAGCUGUCACUCUUGGUGCUUGGCUUAUGCUUCAUUGUCUUAAUAUUCCAAAUAAAACUGUUAAGUGUAA